AUGAUGGAUGCAGUUGAUUUGUCUCGCUCCCAGAGGCUUUUGGUCGCAGAUGCUACGCGGCUUGCGAGAGAAGGGAGCGAGAACGUUGCCGUGAGGGAUGCGACGGAGUGUGCGAGAGAAGGACAGAGCGGGGCGGUGCCCGUUGACUCGAUUACCUUGAGAGCUCGCGCAGUGGAAGACGAUCCUUCGGAAGAUGACGAUUCUGAAGCCGAGUUGUUUCCGACGACCUUCUAUCCCGAAGGGAUUUUUGAGGAGCUUCCACGACUACAUCCUGACUUAUUGCGCCCUGCUUUCGUGGCUGGUCAAGAUUGGGACGGUGUGAACGAGACUAAGUCGACCCUGAGGAGCAUGAAGAGGGUUCUUCGGGCCAAUAACGCUACAGGCGUGACCUUCCUCAUUCCUAUGAAGGAGCAAAGGCCUUGGUCUCCUCCAAUCGGGUACCAAACCGUAUACGAGUCCUACUUCCAGGACGACACUCGCUGUUGGUUCCCCAUCCCGCGACUGAUCACCGCGUACGCUAGGCGGCGAGAUCUGGCGAUUAGUCAGUUACUGAACGGCUCGCUGCGACUAGCCGUCACUCUAUCAGUUCUAGCGGAGCAGAUUGACGUGCCGAUGAGCAUCAGGUCGUUCGAGGAGAUGACCUCGAUAACCGACAUGAAGGACGGAACCUACUCGGUGAAGAUGCGACCAAACUGCAAUGUGUGCGCUGGUCAUCCAAACAAAACGCAGAAUUGGCAGCGUUCCUAUUUCUUCAUCAAGUCCGACGACUCGGCUUUCGAGGAGCCUCCUCGAGAGGACUAUCGGGUCUUAUGGAACUUUGGCCAUCCCACGUCUCCAGUCUAUCCUGAGGAUUUCCUAAAGAGCGUUCGAGACGUCGCUUUGCUUCGAAUCUACCGUUGGUUCGAGAUUACCGUCGAGAGGAUUCGCGAGCUUAAGGACCAGAUCGCCCGAAGAGAGUGGAGAUCUGAUCUUCCAACUGUUCAUCCUAUUCGCACCAAGAGACUAGACAUCUUCCCGAAGGACAUCCAUAAGCAAGUUUCUGAAGCAAAGAAGAUGGGAACUCUUCCUGAUUUGAGCGCGAUAUUAGCCGCCCAGCUGGGACUGGCCAGCGAGGAGGGGCCCUCAACGACGGUUCCUCGCGCUGGUAAGGUUCCCCCUUCUGGUGCUAGAAACGCGGGGAAGGGUAAAAAAAGGAAGAGGGGCGGUUCGGGAGUCGAGUCGGAGAAUCCCGAAGAACCGACUGAGAUUGAGGAGGGUGAUGUUCAAGAAGAAGAACUUCAACCCGAAGAGGAGGCUUCUGAGGCUGAAAUCUCGGGAGAACGGGACGAUGCGGCGGAAGUUGGUGAAGUGGAGGAAUCUAAAACUCCUCUUAAUGCCGCCCGUCAGGACGGUUCUGAAGAAGACAUCGGAGAGUCGCCGCUUUUGAUCAGGAGGCAUAAUGACGAGGUUGGCGAUGAGGCGCGAUCUCCUAUUCUGGUGUCUUCUCACGAGGGAACUCCGGUUUCGUUUCACUACGAGGGACCGGCCCCUCUAGUGUACGUUCCCGAGAAGUGCGGAGAGUUCCUUCGCCAACUAAGGGGGAGGGCGAAACCUUUGCCCGCUGUGAAGGACCUCAUCUUCGGGAGUGAAUACAAGGAAGCUGCGAGGGCCAAGCUGCUGGGGGAUAGCACGACGAACGUCGUGAUCGAUAAGUACGACACUACCCUGAAGGGAGCUUUGGGCGAACUCGAGCUGGCUAAGAAGGAGCACGCGGAGAAAGAGGAAGCUUCUGCUCGCCAGCUGAAUGCAUCGAGGGCUGACGUCGAGAGGCUUAACGGGAUGGUUGCUCGCAUUAUUGCUCGAAGAGACGAGCUCAAAGCCGAGUUGGAGGUAUCCCGAGGAGUCGUCCGUGAGCUCGAGCGGAAGAACGCCGUACUCGAGAGCGAGAAGGUUUCGCUUGCUGCGUCUCAUGAAAGAGAGAUGAGGCGCCUUAGAGAUUCCAGAAUCCUGGAAGUGACGAGGGAAAGAGGAAGAGUUGAGGCCAAGAUGGCUGCGAAAGCUAAUCAUCGCUUCGCUAGGAUUCGCUCCCGAGAAGAGCGACGAGGUCCUUAUGAGGAGGCCCGGUUGCUUCAUAGCCAAGCCUUCGGAACCAGGAAAUGCCUUGAGGCUUUGAAGAGGGCUGGGAGAGACAUCUCGCAAGCUACUAUCAAGAUAUUCGCCGAGCAAGAGAAGAAAUACGAGGAGGAAGCCGAGAAGCUUAUGGUGGGCGAGAUACCCGAGGAAGAUCUCACACUUUCUCCUCUCGUAUUGGACUCUCAGUUUGUGGAUGCUCGAAUCUUGGCGAGUCUCGAUCCGUAUGGGUCCAACGCCGGCUUGAUCGAUCCGGAGACUGCAGUGAGUCUUCACAUUCCGCCUACUCAUCCGACUGAAGAGCGGCGCGAAGACCGGACGCCUCUUCUUGAAGGUCCUUUGGCUGAUCCAGAGAUCAUCCCGAGAUCAGACGAAGUGCAUGUUUCUCCGGCUUCUCAUGAGUCAAGCUUCAGGGCUUCGGAGCUCUCCGUCCUCAACGAUCGCGAGAGUGAUCGGGAAGCUUAG